AUGGCCACUUUAGCCACUUUUAAGCCUCCCGCGGUGCAGAAUGAACCAACUCAAAAUUACGCCAAAGGCUCCCCAGAGCGGGAAAAGCUCGCGAGUGCAAUUGCGGCGUUCAAGAAGCAGGCUCCGUUGGAGAUUCCACUUGUUAUCAACGGGAAGCAGGUAACCACAUCCUCCGAGCUGCAGACUCAACUAAACCCAUCCGCCUACAAGACCACCCCCGUCGCCAAGUUCCACGCAGCUGGCCCACAAGAAGUCACCACGGCCAUUGAGACAGCGCUGGCGGCCAAGAAAUCGUGGGAGACCUUACCCUUCGCAGACCGGGCGGCGAUUUUUCUGAAAGCUGCUCAUCUCAUCAGUACCAAGUAUCGGUAUGAGCUGAUGGCUGCAACGAUGGUUGGGCAGGGGAAGAACGCAUGGCAGGCAGAGAUUGAUGCUGCGGCGGAGUUGUGUGAUUUUUUGAGGUUCAAUGUUCAGUAUGCUGCCGAGAUCUAUGCACAGCAGCCCAUUCAUAAUGCUCCUGGGGUUUGGAACCGACUUGAAUACCGGCCCCUAGAAGGUUUCGUCUACGCCGUGUCGCCAUUCAACUUCACCGCGAUCGGAGGCAACCUUCCCGCCGCCCCUGCCCUCAUGGGAAACGUAGUGGUCUGGAAACCAUCCCCAUUCGCCGUCGCAGCGAAUUUCCUAACCCACAGCAUCCUCGUCGAAGCCGGCCUGCCCCAUGGCGUCAUCCAAUUCGUCACCGGCGACGCCGAGCAGAUUACAAAGACAGUCCUCGACCACCCUCACUUCGCCGCCCUGCAUUACACAGGCAGCACGGCCGUCUUCCGCUCUCUGUACGGUAAAAUUGCCCAGGGUGUUGCAGACGGCAAGUACAUCGGAUACCCGCGUAUCGUCGGCGAGACAGGCGGGAAAAACUUCCAUCUCAUCCACUCCAGUGCCGAUAUCCCCAACGCGGUAAGAAACACCGUGCGCGCCGCCUUUGAAUUCCAGGGCCAGAAAUGCAGCGCUUGCUCGCGCGCAUAUGUCCCCGCGAGCAUCUGGGCCGAGUUCCGCCGCCAGCUCAUCGCGGAGACACAAGCGCUGAAAAUCGGAGAUCCGGAAGAUUUCUCCAACUUCAUCGGCCCGGUGAUCCAUGCGGCGGCGUUUAAGAAGCUCUCGUCCGCCAUCGACGAGGCGAAUGCGGAUUCCCGCCUCGAGUUGCUGGUCGGCGGCAGCUACAGCGAUGAGACGGGCUAUUUCAUCCACCCGACAAUCUACGCGACGAAGGACACAGCUCAUCCGAUUCUCAGCACGGAAUAUUUCGGGCCCAUUUUGGCCGUCGUUGUGUACGAUGAUACGGUUGAUGGUGCUGGUGGAGCCAGCGCGUUUGAGUCCAUAUGCAAAACUAUCGACGCAACUAGUCCUUAUGCGCUUACGGGCGCUGUAUUUGCGCAGGAUCGUGCAGCAGUGUCGUAUGCGGAGGACGUGCUGCGGAGCUCUGCGGGGAAUUUCUAUAUCAAUUGUAAAUGUACAGGUGCUGUGGUAGGGCAACAGCCGUUUGGAGGGGCGAGGGCGUCCGGUACGAAUGAUAAGGCGGGGAGCAUUGGGCUGUUGAAUCGGUUUGUGAGCGUUAGAGCGCUGAAGGAAGAGUUUGAGGGACUGCAGAAGGUGAAGUAUGUCAGUAAUGAGUAG